AUAUGUAUGUAAAACAAUAAAAUGAUUUCUUAAUAUAUCUAUGACAUUUAAAAUAUAUUCUCAUUUUUAAUUCUUUCAAAAUUCAAAAAUGAAAAGGAAAAAUUAUUUUUGUGUUCUAUUAUGUUUAACGUUAGUUGAAUUUGUCAAUGGAUUAUACAGUAGUCAACCUCGAUUUCGUUCGGAAAAUGGCCAUUUAUAUAUAGAAGGUGCUACAAAUCACAAUAUUUCAUUAGUUACAAAAGGACAAGGCUUCAUUAAUAUUAACAAUGAAAAUUUACAACAUAUAAUUACAAUGUCUAAAGAAGCUUGGGAGGAAGUAGAAAAUUUUCGAUCGUAUGAUUUAUCCAAUUUUGCAGACUCUAUAAAAAAUUUUGGACCUUUAUUAGAAGGACCUAGAAGUAUACUUCAACGUCUUACUGCUUUAGAGAUGAAUUUGAUAAAUAGUUCCUCUAUAGCUUUGCCCUCAAAACCAACCAAGAAUAAAAUCGGAAAGUUUGAAGUAAGACUAUUCAAUUUAGAGAAAAAAGUAACUAAUCUCAUAAAUCUACUGUCUGUAAGUGAAUGCCUGAGUAAUCCAUGUCUAAAUGGAGGUACGUGUUUAGAUCAGUAUAAUGGAUUUCAGUGUAAUUGUCCUCAGAACUGGCAGGGGAGGUUAUGUGAAGUAGAUGUUGACGAAUGUGCACGUUUUUUGCAAACAGAUUUAGGCUGUCAAAAUGGAGCCGAGUGUAAAAAUACACCAGGAAGUUACGAAUGUCAUUGUGCUCCCAAUUGGUAUGGUUUGCAUUGUACAAGAAAAAAAAACGAUUGUAAUGCAGUAACGUCUCAAGAAUUGUGUGGCAAUGGAGUGUGUAUUAAUCAACCAACGUCCCUCGGAUACACUUGUAUAUGUAAUCAGGGAUGGACAAAUGAACUGAAUAUCCCGGCUUGUACGAAAGAUGUAGAUGAAUGUAAGGAAAAUAAACACACAUGCUCUUCUAAUCCACUUGUCGAAUGUAAAAAUACAAAAGGAUCAUUUACUUGUGGAAAUUGUCCAAGAGGUUACGAAGGAGAUGGAUUUGUGUGCUCAGACAUUAAUGAAUGUCUAGAAAAUAAUGGUGGAUGUAGUUUAGCGCCAAGAGUGCAAUGCAUUAACACUAGGGGGUCUUUCCGUUGCGAAUCAUGUCCACCCGGGUAUAGUGGUGAUGGCAUAAGCUGUGUUAUUGUCACUGGAGGACCUUGUUCAAUUAACAAUGGAAACUGCCAUCCUAAUGCUGUUUGUACAUCAUAUUUUGGCCAACCUGUUCAAUGUGUUUGCCGGCCGGGUUAUACAGGAAAUGGAGUUGGUGAAAGAGGUUGUGUAAUUUUAAAUACAAGUGAUAUUGAUUCAAAUUUUUGUGUGUCAAAACCUUGUGGAAUUCAUGGAGAUUGUGUUGCCAACAAAACAAAUUUCACGUGUAUAUGCAAACCAGGUUACUCUGGAAAUAAAUGUGAAACAGAAGUUGACAUUUGCGAAAAAAAUCCUUGUGAAAAUGGUUUUUGCAUUAAAGAAGGAAAUAAUUUAAGUUAUUCUUGUGAAUGCUUUCUUGGUUUUUACGGACGAAAUUGUGAAAAUGUUUUAGGAGAAGGUUGUGGUGGUGAUUUAUUUGAGUCAGAGGGUGAAAUACAUUACCCUAUUAGUAAUACCACUUCAACGUAUGAUAGUGAUUUAAAUUGUUAUUGGACUAUUGAAAUAAAUAAUUCAAAAAUUAUAAAAAUAUCAUUUGAAUGGAUAGAUUUGGAAAAGUCAUAUGAUUGUCGAAGCGAUUAUGUUGAAAUAAGAAAUGUAAUUGGAAGUGACGAAGAUAAUAAGGCUUUAGGAAAAUAUUGUGGAAAUACUUUACCAGCAAAUAACAGCAUUAUCACAUUUACAAACAUUGUAACCAUACGAUUUCGCACAGAUUCAUCUCGCAACUAUAGAGGGUUUAAAUUAAACUAUACAUCAAUAACAGUCGAUUGUAGUGAAGUAAUAGAUUUUGAAACUCAUGGAAUAUUAAGUUCUCCGGGUUCUCCUGGUAAUUAUCCCCCUAAUCGAGAUUGUUACUGGACUCUUAAUGCUCCACCCGGAAAGAUAAUACAGUUUCAAUUUUUUUCUCUACGAAUUGAAAAUCAUGAAAAUUGCAAAUAUGAUUUUUUGACAAUAAGAGAUGGAAUGAAUAAAAACAGUCCAAUUAUUGAAAAGUUAUGCAAUACCUCAAUACCACCUCCUUUGUUAACAUCGGGUUCACAUGCGCAUAUACAUUUUCACUCUGAUUCAGACAGUCAAGAUCUUGGGUUUCAGAUAACAUAUAUUGCUUUAGACGGUAUUCCAGGAUGUGGAGGAAUAUAUACAAGUCCUUCGGGGACAGUAUCUUCUAAUGUUUUAUUGAGUGAUAAUAGUCGCAACACAAACAGUUUAAAUUGUGAAUGGCAUAUAAAAUUGCCACAAAAACAAAAACAAAAGUUAAAACUCAUGUUCAUAAAACAUUUUGUGAUAGAUAUUUCUAAAGAUUGUAAAUCUAACUUUUUGCAAAUUCAUGAUGGUUCAAAUUCAAAGGCACCUUUAAUUAGUCGUUAUUGUGGAUCUACAAAAUCUGAACAACCCAUUAUAAUUAAUAACAAUGAAGUUACUAUAUUACUUAAAGCUGAUCCAUUAGCUAUUAUAGAGGGAUUUGUUAUUAAAUAUGAAACUAUAUGUGGAGGAAUAUUUACCGAAAAAACUGGAAUCUUGGAGUCUCCAUUUUAUCCAAAUCCUUAUCCAAAUGAUAAAGUUUGUACUUAUAUAAUUUCUCAACCUGUUGGUAAAGCUAUAAGACUUACAAUUUUAUCAAUGGACAUUGAAGAUGUGACAUAUCCUAACUGUACUUAUGAUUCAUUAGAGAUUAGAGACGGAGAUACGGAAAAUUCGAAUAGAAUAGCAAUGCUAUGUGGCCAUACUGAUAAACUUCCUAAACUUCCCUUUAUAUCAACACAUAACUUUAUGAUACUAAAAUUUACAACAGAUAGUUCCAAUAAUAACAAAGGCUUUCGGGCGAACUAUACUACAAUAGACAUAACUUGCGGAGGAAUACUUAAUGAACUUAAUGGAAUCAUUCAAACACCUAAGCACCCAGAAAAAUAUCCACAUAAUCAAAUGUGCAGAUGGAUAAUUUCAGUAAACGAAACAAGUCAAGUACAAAUCACAUGGCUAUCAUUUUCACUUGAAAAUCAUAGAACUUGUAAUAAUGAUUAUGUUGAAGUUUAUGAUAAUAGUAUCGUUGGUAAUUCAUCGAGAAUUGCAAGGUUUUGUGGAAGUAAAUUACCACCAGUAUUGACUUCAAUUAGUAAUAGAGUUACAAUUGUAUUUAAAACUGAUCAAUCAGUAGCUCAUGAUGGGUUUAUGCUAAGUUAUAUUUCCCUUAAUAAAGCACAAGCAUGUGGUGGCAAUUACUUUACUUCAGAAGGAUUUUUGAAAUCUCCAAAUUAUCCAGACAUCUACCCAAAUCAUAAAGAUUGUAGUUGGGUUAUAACUGUUCCAGUAACUAAUCAAAUUGAAUUGAGUGUAAAUAAUUUCACCUUAGAAGAAAGUACAGAAUGUCGCUUUGAUUAUUUAGAAAUAAGAAAUGGAGGAUAUGCAACAUCACCUUUGAUAGGAAAGUUUUGUGGAUCAAAAAUACUACCAAUAAUAUCAUCGAUGGGAAAUUCUUUGUUUAUUCGAUUUGUUUCGGAUGCAUCUAAAUCAAGGAAAGGAUUUUCGAUACACUGGUAUGCCACAGCAAAAGGUUGUGGUGGAACAUUGAAUUCUGGUAUAGGUCAUAUUGUUUCACCAAAUUAUCCCUUGCCAGUUCAAGAAACUUUAGAAUGUUUCUAUAAAAUAGUUGUUACUCAAGGUAGUCAAAUUAAAUUAACUAUAGUGGAUCUUGAGUUAACAGCUAGUGGAUUUUCUGGAUCUUCAUGUCGAGAUGACUAUCUUGAAUUUUUUGACGGUGGAAAUACAGCAAGCAAGUCAUUGGGUACUUUUUGUGCCGAUGUUCAUUCAUCUUUUGUGCAUUCAUCAUCAAAUCAAAUGUAUAUUAAGUUUAGAAGUAGUGGACUAUCUAGAGGAAGAGGAUUUUCAUUAAAGUAUGCUACAGAUUGUAACGUAACACUAAAAAAUUACCAAGGAGCAAUAGAAAUCACAAAACAAGAAACUGCUUUAACUAAUAGAUGUGAUUGGACAAUAAUUGCUCCUAAAGGAAGUAAAGUAAACAUAACUUUUACUUCAUUUAAGAUAUCUACAAUACGGGAUAGAAUACCUUCAACUCUGGGAUAUUCUGAUAGUCGUUGGGUCAUGCCUAGGUUGCAAACAGAUAACAAUGCUUCUUGCAAUGCAACAAAAUUUUCAAUAUCUGAAGGAGACAAUAUAGAUGAAAUUAGUACUAUAUUAUGGAAAUACUGUAAGAAUGAUCCUCCCCUGAUUAUUUCAUCAACAAUGAAUAUCAUAAAAAUCAGUUACAACUUUCCCUUAAAAUUGUCUUUUUGGGACAAAUCUGAUAAUUUCCGUUUAGAGUGGAUAACAGAUGGAUGUGGUGGUAUAUUAAAUCGACCAUAUGGAAAAUUUUCUUCUCCUGGCUACCCUGGAAUAUAUCCUAAUAGUGUGUCGUGUGAAUGGAAAAUAGUAGUUGAACACGGAAAGACAGUCAUGGUGACUGUGAAUGACUUUUGGUUUGAAUCGUCAGAUAAAUGUAUCUUUGAUUAUUUAGCAAUAUAUAGUGGGGAAGACGAUUCAGGUCACGAGUUAGUUCGGAUUUGUCAUAAACAGAUUGAUCCCGUAAAAGUCACUUCUGGAGGAAAUAUAGCAUUCGUGGAAUUUGUGUCCGAUGGUGGAAUUCAAAGAAAAGGAUUCACAGCGUCAUAUACUUCUGUAGAUUCAAAAUGUGGUGGAACAUUUACAGCACCCCAAGGUGUAAUUCAUACAUCAAAUUAUCCACAAAACUAUGAUUCUAAUAGCUCUUGCAUGUGGUAUAUUGAAGUAGCUGAAACUCAUUUAGUUAACCUUACAUUUGUUGACUUUAAUACGCGCAGUAAUCCUCGAUUAGGAAAUGACAAAGUUCUCGUUUAUGAUAAUGAUAUCCAGGGACAAUUGCUUCUCAACCAUUCAGGAAAUACUAUACCUCCGUCGAUUGUUUCCAUAUCCAAUAAACUGUUGGUGUCGUUUGAAGUUGGAAAAGGUGAUUUGCGAGCUAAAGGAUUUAAAGCGAUUUAUAAAACAGCGUGUGGAGCAAAAAUUAUUACAAAUGACACUGGAAUUAUUACAAAUCAUGCGUCACUUGCGGCAGUUGAAUCUUUGAAUUGCUCGUGGACAAUUAUAUCAGGAAUUCCUCAGUCAAAGGUUACAUUAAUACUUACAGAAAUCGAUUUUACUCCAUACCAAACUUCUCAAUUAGAUAAUGUCAGCAAUCAAACAGAUGAAUGUUCCAAUAUAUUAUAUACAUCAUCUAUUCGAGUUUUAGAUGGCCAGGAUUCUGAUGCUCCAGAAUUAAUACAUCUUUGCAAAUCAUUUCCUCUUCCACCACCAAUAAUAAGUAAUAGUCCAGCAAUUCGAAUAAUAUUUAACGAAGUAAUGAGUGGAUUAGAUUCAUUUACUGCUACAUACUCUGUCAGAUCUAUAGUAUGUGGAGGAAUUUAUGAUUUAAUUAAGGGAACUAUUUCAUCACCAAAUUAUCCAAACGGCUAUCCUCAAGAUUCUGAGUGUAUUUGGGAAUUGAAAGCAUCUUUGGGGAACCGAUUAAUUCUAAAUUUUAUUGACUUUGACUUGGAACCUGAUGAGUAUUGUAACGAAGAUUACGUAGAAGUGAGAGAGUCUAACUCCAUAGGUCCUCUUAUUGGCGUAUAUUGUGGAAAGGGAAUACCGUCUAACUUAACAUCGGGUUUAUCUCUUUGGGUUAAGUUUCGUUCCAGUAAUAUUGGUACUGCAAAAGGAUUUACCGCCAAUUUUAAAUACGCUACUCAUAAUAAUUUAUAUGCACAGUCUGGUACAGUUUCAAGUCCUGGUUAUCCGAAUACUUUAAAAGACUAUUCACAUUAUUCUUGGAGAAUAACUGUUGAGACAGAAAAGCGAAUUCAAAUUUUAAUUAAAGAAUAUAUAUUUUCAACUGGAAAUUAUUAUCAGCAUUUAGAAAUUUAUGAUGGUUAUGAUGAGAAUUCAGUAAACUUACUGACAGACAGAGAUUUUAUGCCAACAGAACCAAUAAUAACGAGUGAUAAUGUUGUAUAUAUUAAAUAUUAUAGUGAACCAAGAACAGAUUACUUCAAUAAUGUUGUAUUUUUGAUAGAUUGGACACAAAUAGAUAAACCUACAAUUAAGUAUAUGUAUCCUUCAAUUGAAUUUAAACGGAAUAUUUCUGAGUAUGAUAUAUAUUUGUCAAACAAUGCCAACUCUACAGCUAUAAUAACUAGUCCAGGCUAUCCUAAUGGUUAUGCACCUAAUCUUAAUGUCACAUGGACUAUUCAUACCGAUCCAUUAAAUCAUAUAGAAAUUGAUUUUAUCAGUAUUGACUUGUUUUCCACUCUCUUUACAGUUAAUUAUUACUCAUGUUAUAAAGAUUACGUGAAUAUUGAAACAAUUAAUGAAGAAACUGGAAAAAUGAAAACAUUAGAUAGGAUAUGCAAAAACAAAAGUCCAGGAGCGGCUGAUUCAAUUAUUAUUGGAAGUAAUAUAGUUAAACUUACAUUUAUUUCGGAUAUGGCCUUAAAUGGAAGUGGUUUUAAAGCUCAAGCAGGAAUUAAAUGCGGGGGUCAUUUGAGUGAUUCCUCUGGUAUAAUUGAAAUGAAUAACAAUAUAACAGUUGGUGAACUUUGUUCAUGGAAUGUUACUGUGCGUUCAGGAAGAAAAAUUUCCGUGAAGAUACUUAAAUUAAAACUCUCAAAGCCAACUACUGCAACAUGUUCAAAUAGUUAUAUAUUAUUAAGAAAUGGUAUUUAUGAAGAUUCACCUUUACUUGGAAAUGGUAAAUAUUGUGAUGGACCAAAUAUAUCUGUGCCGAUUACAUCUGAAAAUAAAUUGUAUAUUGAAAUUAAUGCUGGUCGUAACGAUAUAAUUGCAAUAAGAUAUGAAGAAUAUUCAGAAAAAUGUGGUGGACAAAUUUCUCUAUCAUAUCUUUAUAACGUCACUCAAAUAACUUCACCUUUAUAUCCAAAUAUACCACCUGCACAUACAGAAUGUACUUGGAUAAUUACAGCACCAGCGGGAGAACGUAUAACUGCAAUCAUUGAAGAUAUAGAUAUUAAAAAUGACGAUAAUUGUUCUCAAGAAUAUUUAGAAUUUAGAGAUGGAGCAGCUCAUAUCUCACCAUUGAUUAAUCAUUAUUGUGAACCUUUACCUCCUCCCAUUAUUGAAUCAACACAAAACUAUUUAUAUAUCAAAUUUUUUACUGACUUAAAGGUACCAAGCAAUGGUUUCAAAUUAAAUGUUUCAAUAGGUAAAUGUGGCGGUACUGUAAAAGGCUAUCAAGGAGUAAUUGCUUCACCAUAUUAUCCAGGCUCUUAUGAGUCCAAUAUGGAUUGUGAAUAUAGAAUAAUUACAUUUGAAAACCACAAUAUUGUACUAACUUUUAAAACUCUUUCGUUAAGAAAAUUAUUCUCUGAAGAUUGGAUUAAUCGGGGAAAAGGAAAUGAGACUUAUGAUGACUCACUUACUAUUUAUGACGUUGAUAUAUAUAAUAGCACAAGAAUUCAAAUAGCUAAGAUCUUUGGAUCUAAUUUACCAAAUACAACAAUUAAAUCAUCAAGCUCGGAAAUGAUAAUUAAAUUUAAAUCGUAUUCAAUGAGUGGACCAUUUGCUUCAAAAAAUAGUGCUAAAUUUUUAUUAUCUUAUUCUUCAAUUUACAAUGAAUGUUCAAAUGAUUAUGAAAUGGAGAGUGGAGAAAUAUUCAGUCUAAAAUUAAAAAGUAAAAUAACUUGUAGAUAUAAAAUUAUUGGUCCAACUGGGUAUCGAAUUACAGCAGAACUUAUUAAUGGAAAAUCAAUUGUUGGUCAAUGUAAAGAUGGAAUGCCACCGCCUAACGUUGGUGAAAGAAUAGUGUUUUUUUCAAACACUGAUAACAUUCGGUCAUUUGAAUCUUGUAUUGAUUCAAAUCCACAUUCAUAUUCACGCACGUUCUUGUAUACUUAUGAGUCAACCUCUAAUGAAAUGUACAUCAUUUAUGAAUACAACUAUGGCAAUCAAGUUGGAUUUCAUUUGAAGUUUAAAGCAAAUAAGCCUGCUAUUUGUGGAGGAAUAACUGAUGCUAGUAAAGGUGGUCAAAUUACACUUCCAAUAGUUGAUUUAUCAAGAUUUGUCUGUACUUGGGACUUUAUCAAUAAAAAUGGUACAGUUGUUAUAGUAGUAAAUUUUAAAGUAGCUGAAGUUACGUCUUUUAGUGGAAAUCUUUUGUUAGCUACAGAUGUGUCUUAUUACAACUAUUUAUCAGAAUAUAAACCAAAAGCUAACUCAAAUGAUAAAGUUAUUAUUCGUAGUCCAUUUCCAACUACAAGACUCAAGAUUAAAGGAAAUGUAAAAAAAAUUAACUAUACAGCAACUCUUAAUUAUUCUCUCAAUAAAUGUGGAGGUAUUAUCAAAGGACAAAAAGUCGUGAUAACUAGUUCUAAUUAUCCAAAAAAUUAUCCUACAAAUUCUAAUUGUGUAUGGGAAAUACAUCUUCCCAACUCUGAAUUAUUUAAUGUACAUUUCAAUGAUUUAGACAUUGCUACACCUUGUGAGUCCAAUUUCUUAGCUAUUUAUAAUGGACCAGAUUGGGAAUCUCCAAUGUUAGGGAAGUACUGUGGUAAUAUAUUACCUGAAAAUAUAGUUGUAUCAAACAAUAUUAUUUUGGUAGAAUUUUCAACGGAUGAUGUAAAUUCUAAAAAAGGUUUUAAUAUAACAUUAGAGCCAAGACAAAGCUCAGACUGUGGCUCAGUCUAUUCCACACAAAUGGGUUUCAUCACAACAGCCAACUUCCCUGACUUAUAUCCAAAUAACAAUGAAUGUGAGUGGAUUAUAUCAUUACAACCGGGUAACAGAAUUAGUUUGACAUUUGUUGAUAGAUUCAAUAUAGAACUAAGUACAAAUUGCAGCAAUGAUUAUGUACAGAUUUAUGAAAAAAUUGAUGAUAAUUGGAUUACUUUAGGAAAUCGAUUAUGUGGCCGACAAAUUCCCCCUGUUAUAAAUUCAACGCAGAACAACAUAAAAAUUAGAUUCCGAUCAAAUAAUGCAAUUUCAGCAGAAGGAUUUAAAGUUAAUUGGAAAAGUUUCUGUGGUGAAAUUUUUGUUCAAGAAUCGGGGAAAAUUAUAUCUCCAAACUAUCCAAAAAAAUACCUUCCAGAAUUAUUCUGUAAUUAUUCGAUAAUUGCUGUAGAUAAGACUAUUCGUUUAACAUUUAAAUCAUUUGAUCUUGAAGAAUCAUGUCGUUAUGAUAAUUUAACAAUUUAUAAUAAGUUGGAUGUAUUCAAUGAUAAAAAAUCGACGAAUUUAAUGGGAACAUAUUGUGGAACAAAUUCUCCAUUAACACUUACUUUCAGCGAUCAUGUAAUGUUAUUAUUUAGAACAGAUGAAACUGUUGAAAAAAAAGGAUUUGAAAUUUACUAUGACACUAUGGGAUGUGGAGGCAAAGUAAACAACCCUGGAAUAAUAACUUUUGAAAAUAAAUAUGACAUUUCAGUUUAUACUGGUCAAAUUAAUUGUACUUGGAUUAUUGAAGCUCCACAAGGACAAAUAGUAAAAAUAGUUUUCAACAAAUUUGAUGUGGGAUUCAGAAGACCUGAAUGUUUUACAUCAUUAGUGAAUAUUUAUGAUAGUCCAAUAAUUAAUUCUAAUAAAACACUUGGGCAAUUUUGUGAUAAAUUAGAUGGUAUAAUGUAUGAUAUUCAGUCUACGUCAAAUGCAAUGGUUAUUGAAACUCUUAGCAAUAAUAUGUUAAAAAAAGAAGAAUUCUCAGCAGAAGUUAUAUUUUCAUAUGGUGAAUCUAGUGGUUGUGGUGGUACAAUUAGAUUAAACCAAACUGGUAAAACAUCUAGUUAUGUAUUAAAAUCUCCAAAAAUGCCAGCUAAUUCACAGUUAGACUGUGGAUGGUUAAUUAUAGUCGACCCAUCAUAUACUAUUCAAAUUCAAAUUUUAAGUUAUAUUGAGGCUCCAAGAUGUUCUAUUAACUCAACAAAAUGUGGAUGCAGUCACAUUCUGUUUAACGAUGGCCCUGGUCGAUUAGCUACAAAUAUUCACAAAUAUUGUAUUGGUGAUUCAGACGUUGGGCCAUUAGUAUCAUCCGGAAGUGAAGCUUACAUACAUCAACAGCUUUUUGGUGAUAAUUCAACAGUAAAUUUUGAACUAAAGAUUAAUCCAGUUAUUUCUGUCUGUGGUCCUCGUAAGUUAAUUCCAACCAAUAAAACACAAGUUUUAACAUCUCCUAACUAUCCAAAAUCUUAUGAGGGCAAUUUAAGAUGUUCUUGGACUAUAGAGGUAGAGGACUAUAGAGGAGCUGAUGUUCCAAUAAUAUCAUUACGAUUUACCAAAAUAUCACUUUCGGAAACAAAAGAUUGUCAAACAGAUUAUAUAGAACUUAAAUCUCCACAGUCAUCACCUAACACUAUGAAACUAUGUCAUGAAGAUCAUGAAAUUGAUAUUGUUCAUCGAUUUUAUUCCGAUAUCACUUUGAGUUUUAGUACAGAUGGAUUAAAAACAUCUAGUGGAUUUAUACUUGAAUAUAUAAAAACAUUUUGCCAACCAACUUUUAAUGAAACUCAAGGCCGCAUAGUUAUUGAAAAUAAUAUUGCAUCACCAAGCUUGGAUACCUGUACAUUUGUAAUAGAUGUUGGCCAAAAAAAUUUAACAAUUUCCCUAUACUUUGCUAGUCUUUUAUUAGAUAAAACUAAAAACGAAUUUCUUAAGAUUUAUGAUGGUUCUUCAACAACAUCACCAUUACUGACUACACUUGUCGACGGAUCACAUUACUAUUCUCCUAAUCCAAUUUUUUCUUCGAGUUCCAUUGUAACAAUGCAAUUGAAAUCACAAGCUUUAUGGAGUUCUAAUAUAAUGGAUUUAACUUACACGUCAACUGAUCAAGGUAAAGGCUGCGGUGGGAGGUUAUUUAAUAUAGAAGGAAUAGUAACAAGCCCUUUAUAUCCAAAAUUAUACAAAAAAAAUAGCAAAUGUCGUUGGGAUAUUAGCGUUCCAACUCCAAACUCUAUUUCAAUUGAAUUUAGAGUUUUUGAUCUCGGGUCAAAAUCUAUGUGCGAUACUAACUACUUAGAGUUAUAUAAUGUUAACCCAUCUACGGGUAAAGAGUCAUUUGUGACAAAAUACUGUGGAGGAGAUACACCGGCAUAUCAUAUAUCUGAAUCAGGUGCAGUGUCAAUUAUAUAUGUUACAAGUGUUCAUAAUAUGGGAUCUGGUUGGUCAUUACACUUUGAUGUAAAUUCAAAUCAAAAUAUUUACAUACGUCAUAGACCUUCAAUUAUUUAUUACAACCAUUAAUUAGAAAUUAAAAUCAGUUUUUAAGGAUGCAAUAUAAUGCUCAUUUAAAACAAAUAAAUAAAUACAAAUAAAAAAAAAAUUGUAUUGCUCUAUCACACUUAAUUAGUAAAAUUAUGAAACAUUUUUAUUUUAUAGCUACUCUCAAUUUCAUUAAGAUAUAAAGAUGAA